AUGGUGCUGGCCUGUUGCAAGCGCGCUACCGGUGGCCUGGACCCUGCGCAGGGGAAGUGCCUCCGUCCUAUUCACCCAGGUCCCAUCACAGCCAGCGCCAGCGCUAGCGCCAUCACCAUCACCAUCACCAUCACAUCCCCCAAGAUGGCGCCAACAACCCAAGCCCUCGAUCAUCUAAUCCUCUUCCUACCCGUGGACCCAUCUACCAAAUUCCCCAAGCUGCCCCCCUUCCUCUCCAAAAACUUCAUCCUCACACCUGGCGGCACCCACGCCGACAACCUAACCAGCAACAUCCUGAUCCUGCUGGCCGACGGCUGCUACCUCGAACUCAUCUGCUUCAUCGACCCCUCCAAGCCCGUAGACACGCACUGGUGGGCAUCUGGCCUGGAGAAGUCCGGGUGGAUAGACUGGUGUCUGACCAACUCUUCUUCGCCGAGGGAGUCUUGGGAGGCUAUUGGCGGCCCGGCGGGUAGUCACGCGGAGCCCGUCGAGGGCGGGCGGAAGCGGGCUGAUGGCGUGCAUGUCAGGUGGGCGGUUACCUUUCCCAAGGGGGAGAAUGGAGGCCAGGCGAGUAGGGGGAGGGUGCCGUUUUUCUGUCACGAUAUUACUGAUCGACAGGUUCGAGUGCCGCUGAGCGAGGAGAAGACGGCGCAUUCAUCCGCUGUCUUAGGCGUCAAGGAGCUUACGGUGGUUGUGCGGGAUGAAGGACUGCUGGAGGAGACGAGAGCCGUGUACGCCAGGCUUUUCGGCAACGAGGGGGUAAAGAGAGGGAAUGAGCUAUCCUUCCAAGCGCAAAGGGUGAGAGAUGUUGAGGGCUUGGAUGGGGGUGCGAAGCUGGUUUUGAGAUUGCCAAAGGACGAACAUGAGUCCAGGAAGCUGGAGAAUACCGACUACUGGUAUGGAGACGUUGUGUUUGCUGCGCCUGCUGGACAGGGGAAGACACUGGGCAGCAGAGAGAGACUGGACGAAGACGACGAGAAUGUUCAAGGGCUGUAUGUGGAGUACGUUUGA